AGACGGGCCGAGGACGCACGGAGAGCUGCUGGUGCGGGAUGGAGCGGAGCGAGCUGUGCGUCAGAUUGCAGGAGACCGUUGGAGAGAGGCUGUCACGUGACCCCCGGUACCAAAUGGUCUUCCGGCCGUGGUUUUCAUUAAGGACUGGAGCACAACAAGAAGCUGCCGCCUCCCUCAGACAUGCAGAAGACAACGUACUACGACAACUCUCCAACACUCUUUGGUGGCUACUCUUCAUACCAGGUGCAAGGAGCCGGAGCGGCCCCUGCCAAUGGCUUUGGGGGCUACGAUGCCCCCGUCUCAGUGUCCCACCAACAGCCUGCCUUCCAGUCAGCCACCCAUCUGGAUGUGGAGUCGUACCAGCACUCUGCCUGCUCCUUGCAGUCUCUGGGCAGUAAUGGUGGUCACCAGCAGCAGCUAGCCAAGACCAAGGAGCUGAACGGCAACUGCAUGAGGCCCAGCCUGCCGCCUGAGCACCACCCUGCCGCCCAGGUGUCCCCCCCACUGCCCCCAAAUCCCAGCAACGGUAGCGCUACAGCUCCGCAACCAGGGGGCAGCACUGGGCCCUCUGCCGUCUCCAAGUCAGGCCUCAAUAAGUCAUCAAUCUCCUCUUCCUCUUCAUCAUCUUCCACGUCCUCCUCAUCUUCUCUGCCACCCAACCCAACGCUGGCAAAGCAGAUCUUUCCCUGGAUGAAAGAGUGUCGACAAACCAUCAAGCAGAAAAAUGGUUCUCCCAGCAACAACUCUGGCAAUGCAUCAGCAGGAACUGAGAGUGGCAGCGGCGGGGAGAAGAGUCCCACUGGAGGCUCCUCAGCGUCAUCGAAGCGAGCUCGAACGGCCUACACCAGUGCUCAGCUUGUUGAGCUAGAGAAGGAGUUCCACUUCAACCGGUACCUGUGCCGCCCACGGCGUGUGGAAAUGGCCAACUUGCUCAACUUGUCCGAACGUCAGAUCAAGAUCUGGUUCCAAAACCGACGCAUGAAGUAUAAAAAGGACCAGAAGUCAAAAGGUUUGAGCUCCAGCUCUGGAGGACCAUCACCAACGGGCUCCCCUCCUCUGCCCAUGCAAUCUUCUGCCAGCUUCCUGAACUCAAUGCAUCCCAUGGGAGGUGGAGGAGGGGGGGUGCCUGCCUACGACACCCCUUCUCCACCAACAUUUGGAAAGCUCCAUCAAGGAGUAUCUUAUUCUAUGUCCACUGCCUAUUCCAAUGUUCCUAUGAAGGGCUGCCCCACCCAGAAGUAUGGUGCCCCAGAUCCAGACUAUGGUGACCCCCACCAUAGCUUAGUGCAGUCCAACAAUGCUGGCUAUGGGACACCUACUAACAUGCAAGCCAGUCCAGUCUAUGUUGGGGGUGGCAGCUACGUAGAACCCAUGCCUGGCUCGGGUCCCUCCAUGUAUGGGCUAAAUCACCUUGGUCCCACACCGCCCCACCACCAAAACAUGGACUACAAUGUCGGAGGGUCUAUGUCAACCGCCAACCAGCACCAUGUGGGUGGAGGGGGGCCCCAGGGUCCCUGUGAUCCACCCACACACCCGACUUACACUGAGCUGUCAGCGCACCAUACCUCAACUCAGGGCAGAAUCCAAGAAGCACCCAAGCUCACCCACCUGUAG